AUGUCUCUGUCGCGGCCCGAGGGGCCUGCCCGGCCUGCCCGGCCCAUCUCCUCAGUGCGGCCUCCUGCGGACCCCGCUGCGACGCCACCCCGCGGCCAGCGGCCUCGACGGGAGGAGGCUGCCGACGUCUCCGAGGCUGGAUGGCCGCCGCUUGUAGUGCCUCGCUUGUCUGAGGUAGAAAAAGUAUGGGAGUGGUCGCCCAGACCCCUCGCGGCGUUCCUCGUUCCAAAGAACCCGGGGAGCUCAGACAGUGGGGGGCAGCGGCCUGACCUGGGAUGGCAGGACAGAACGUUCCAGACGCAGAGCUUUUGGCAGCCCGGAACCUCACGGGCAGCAGGUUGUUCGAGGGCUCUGAGGUCUUGCGGGCUGGGGCUGCAGGGUAGGGAGGCUCUGGGUGUGCGCUGCGGUGACCCCGCAGAAGCGAGUCACUUUCCACCCCACACCUCCAGACCCGAUGUCCAAACAGUCAAACGUGAGCCCGAAGAACUUCCUGUCCGAGGGAAGGAAACUUUUCUGAAAGGAAAGAAUUCUGUGAGACAGCCAGCAAACCCAAUUCUAGAUGCUACAUUUUCUGAGGAAACCAAGCCAGCAUUAUGUGACAUUAAGGACAAAUGUAAAGCUGACAGUGUCAUAACCUCAGAGAAAAAAGAAAACAACACUUCAUCAUCUUCACUAAAAAUACCCCAAAUUCAAAACCAGGCCCCCUUGGAAAGCGCCAAACCCAGCUAUUUUAGAGAUAACAUCACAAUAAUUUCCCCUGAGUUUCCACGGGAUUUAAAUAGCAACAUGUCCUUUGUCUAUUUAAAGGAAAUAGCAAAGAAAGAGAAUGACAAAAUUGUGGCAUAUGUUAGGGAUUUCACAAACAUUUUCUGGUCUCAAAAUAAACCCGAUGCUAAGAAACAAAAGUUACAGGAUGAUAAAAAAAAUGUACUCAUGGAAAAUGGUUUUCCUGAUGAUGAAAGUCAACACCAGUCCCUCACUGUUGAAGGGAAAAUAGACUUGAUCAAUUUAAACUAUGAUUACCACAGUAGUAUCGAGUGUGAUGUAAGAUACUCUGAAAAGAAUUUCACUCUAACACUAGACGAUGCAAAUUGGGAGGGAACAGAAAGCAAUCUAGACUGUUACAUACCUACCAGACAACAAGAAUCUCAACGCUCGGACUAUAAUAGAGCUAUUUUGAAAAGAAAGCGGUGUAAUUGUUGGAUAAUAAAAAAAUAUAGGAUUAUCUGUGAAGCUAUAAAAAAACUUGGAGGGGAUUUGGAUUUGGCACAGUUACUAGAGACUGACCUUUUAAACAAGGGAGACAAUCACAAUGCAAAAGUCAGAAAUGUGCAGGAGGAACAGCCAAAGACUCUGACGAUAGGAACUCUGGGUACACUCCCUGAUUUAAUAAAGGUUGUUUGGUUCAAUGGUAAAGGUAAAAACGCCAAAAUACUGCAGCUGAGGUACUAUACUGCACAAAAAUACAUCUCAGGAAAUAAAGACAAUAGUACUGUAACUUGCCAUCAAAAGUUGGCAUAUGAAAAGCAGAUUAAUAUUCAAAAGAGUGACAUUUUGAGCAAAUUUUCACAAAGUAACUUUGAUUCUUUUGUAACAAAUGGAGAUGACUGGGAAUCAGAAUUGGAAUGCAUUUUCAAAUGCACAGUGCAUUUGAAUUGUUUGAAAAGUAUUAUAAAGGAAAAUCAUAAUGUAGAUCUAGCAAGAAUGUUUAUUUCUUCAAGACCAUUAGAAAAUAACACAAAAUUCAUGGCAAAGAGAAGAAAGCUAGUUAAGAUGGAGCACUUUCUUGAAGGACCUAAGAGACACAACAUUGGUUCUCUUACUGUAGCAACUAAAAGAUUUCCAGUUUACAAACCGCAUGAACACGUUCCUCUUUUAAUGGAUUUUGAUGACAUGGAAGGACUCUCUUUGACAAAAGAACCUAGUUAUGAGAAUACAAGUUGUCCUGAACGACUCCCAAAUGUGGGAAAUUGGGCUUGCUAUAGUUUUAGUAUUGCUAGCACAGAUGUGAAGUCUGAUACUCUAUUUAUACAGAAUAACUGUGGACAUAUUAGUGAAAAAUGUUAUGAAAGUGGUAUGUACAAUCAGGAUUUAGACAUUGAAAGGAAGCAGAAGCAUAAGGCCCCUCACUUUAAGUUCAUAUUUGAAGAUGUCUUUAAUGUUAGGCAACUGGGAACAUUGUUAAGCCAAAACACAACACACAGUGACCAGAUGAGUGCUAUGGCGAUAACUCAGAGUCUCAGCAUGGAGAACUUAGGUGAAAUAGAAUGGAAAAUGUAUGGUUUCAUUGUGAACAAGGAUGUAAAGGUCUUAGAAAGUUCAAGUAGUUGCCAAGCUCAUAAAGCUAUAGAGUCAGAGAAGGAAGAGGACAGUUCUCCCCCAAUUAGUAGAGUGUCUUCAGUGCAUUUAGCUUCAAGAGUGAAUAAGAACGGAAAUGUGGGAGAAACUCAAUCUGCUAAUCAAAAUAAAGGAACUAACACACAAAAGGAUGGAGGUAUUUUGCAAGAAAGCAAGUUAGUUCAUUCAAAGCAUUUGCAUCCAGACUCUACAUUAUACGCUGAUCAUCAGUUUGAAAGUGAUUCUAGUGGAGAGAACAAUGGAUGUUUGCAGAGCUUAACCGCUAAAUGUUUAUCAACAGAAACUCUGCCAACAGCAAAAGAUUUUGAGAUGAAGAGUAAAUUUGAUUUAGUGCUUGAAGAGCUUCGUAUGUUUCAUGAAAUUAGUAAGGAAGAUGAAAUUCCAAGAACCCCAGAAACAAACAACAGGAAAGAAAAUUACUUUGAAGAAAGUGAUGUUAAGGAGGCAAGAAUGGAGGUAGAAAAAGAUCUAGAAAUGGUUGAAAUCAAUGAAAGAAAAGCACCUUCUUUGCCCUGUGAUAUGAAAGCAGUCCCCAAACAGCAUAAAAACCACCAAGGUUUAUUUAAUUGGAAACCAAUACCUACUCAUGGAGGACAGGCAGUUCCCAAUGAGUAUUGUGUAAGAUCAGAGGAAGAAUUCCUUCACUCAACUCCUGAGGAAGAUUAUAAGAAUUCUUUCCUUAAAAGGCCUGCUUUUUCUCCUGAUGAAUAUAAAAAAGAAAACUACAAUUACUUAUUGAAGGGAGGCAGUCAUUUUUCACAUGGCAUUUCCAGAAUACAGCCUCUUAAGACAUGCAGCCGUCCAAUUAGAGUCGGUUUGUCAAGAAGAGCUAGCCUGAAACAACUCCAUCCUUAUCUGAAAUGAAUGGGUUAUAAG